GUCCACUCGACACUUCACACGGCAGGAUGUUGUGAAAACAUAGAUGCCAUGUUUUUGUGCUCAGCUGUGAUAAACACGACGUGCUAGGCUUUUGGCCAUUUUUGUAGACAUGAGAAGCGGAGAGCUAUGGAGAGUGAUGUGUGCUGUUUAAAAGACAUCGAGGACGGGACAACAGACUCUGGUCGCCGUGUGCAGAUUGAGAGGACCAAAACCUUGAUCGAAGAGAUCCGUGCUUUGAUCAAGAGCAAUGAGCCGGAGUAUUGCUCCUUCUGGAGGCCUGUGCUACCCUGGGGUGGCGUAUACACAAUACGGGCUGGACAGAAGGCCAUCUCUUGCAUACCCCUAUACGUUAAAAUCAAUCUGAAAAACACCUGCACCAUCGAUGGCUUCCUCAUGCUCUUGUACGUCAUCCUGCGGGAUAAUCAGACCAUCCGACGGGAAGUGGGUUUGUUCUUAGGGAAGCGUUUUGUGGAGCACUUUCUCUAUCUGAUGGACUCCUACGAUUACACCACGGUCAAGAUUUUGUGGAUCUGGGACAGGAUGUCUAAGCGUCAGUACCGCUCCGAGAUCCACCAGGCCGCUCUUGAGAUCGACCUUUUCGGCAACGAGCACGAGAACUUUACCAAGAAUCUGGAGAACCUGAUGUCUACCAUUCAGGAGAGUUAUUGCACCAACUGGUGCUGUCCGUCUCGUUUCCAGGAGCUCCUUCAGAACACCAUAAAUAUCAACCCUCCACACGAGCUUCCUGAUGGAGAUCCUAUCCAGUCUGCAGUGGAUGAGUUCUUCUGUCCGAAGAUAGUCCUCUGCCAAGAAUAUGGAUGUAAAGGGCUUAGAGAGUUCUCGCAGAGAGAGUUCUGCCACGGUCCUCCUCCCUUCAUCAUCCUUAACAUGCAGAUGUGGAAAUCGGAGGACCUUUCCUACGUUCCGUACCAUUUGGCUUUGUCCGAUCACAGGUACUCUCUAGAGGGCGCCACUCUCUUCAACAGGGAGGAGCAUCACUACUCUGCAGCCUUCCAGAUCGACGGGUACUGGAUGCACUACGAUGGGCUUCGGAGCGACAACUUGAUCUUGUUGAACAAACCCCCGGAGCUGCUGCUUCUUUCCUCGCUGGUGUAUGUGCGUUCUCAUGAAAAAUGACCCGCACAACAUCUAGAGCAGAAUCGGAAUAUCUAUCCAGUAGCAAAUUCAUUCCAGCUCAGGCGCCUCGUUUACUCAAUUUGCCUCAGCUUACAGAUGAGCUCUAUCAGGUGCCGGUGUUGAUCGCCUGGAAUGGAAACCUACAGAGGAAAAUACUGCUUCAGAAGGAGACUAGCUGGCUGGGAAGAUCACCACAAAGUCUUUAAACUCUCCUCUUUUCCCUUCCCUGUCACAUUAACCUUGUUAAUGUCCUCUUGAUGAUAUAUUUAAUCAGCCAGUUAACUCACCAGCACUUUUAUUACAAAACAAACUCUCUAUACAGUAUUUUGCAUAAUAUGAAUAUUAUACUCGCUUUUCCGUAAUUAUACAGACGGCACGGGAUAAAUGGUAGCUCUUUAAAAAAUAACGCUUUCUACUUUUGUAACAAAUGCUCCAAUUCGGCAAAGCCGGGUUAAACAGCUUCACUUUUUUUUAGGUUGUGCUUGGAAUCCAAGAAAAUGCAAAUGGACUGUAAUAGUUCUGGGCUUGUCUGUGAAACCUGUAACACAAAAAUGAAUUGUGCUUAAAAAAACAACAACAAAUUGUUUAAGACAAACCCAAAUGAACCAGAUCCAGGACAUUAGGAGACAUUUCUACAAUCCGGGAUUGAUUUAAAAGCUUGAUAUUUUGCUGAUGCAUAUGACAGCAAUAUUUUUUGUAAGAAGUGUGACUGCUUAGAGCAAGUGAUUAAUCAACACCAGAAAGAGGCGUUAACUUGCAGUUUUAUAUAAUCGGUGUUGUAGAAAGUGCCAAAUCCAUUCCUCAGGAAGCAAAGCGAGACAAUUUUUUGUUUUCUCCCUUCAUCAUGAUAUAACAGUCCUGACCCAUGUUGUAAUCUAUUAUGUUUACUCUAUUUCUGUAAGAAUUUCACUUUCCUACCCCCGCAUACUGAAUUCAGAUGUAACUUUUACUGUAUGUUUGGUUUAUUUGUUAGCAUCGCUGAUUAAAGGCAUGUGAUUAUAUUUUGCUUUUCUUAUCAUUCUUCUCCUCAUAUAUUCCUCAAGGUUUCUUAAACACACGUGUGAACCCGUACAGUGAUAUAAAUUCGAUCAAUCGACAUUUUAAAAUCGCAACUAAUUCCAAACUUUUGUAAUGGUUUCUCCUAUCUGAAUUUCCACCAAAAUGACUAUAUUUGUAAUUAUGACCUAAUUCAUUUUGCACUUAAUUUUUAAUAAAAACGUUUUUCA